AUGGUUGCCAUCAACAAGCUCAUUGCUCUUCUUCCAUUCUUGGCUGUUGCUACAGCUGCCCCCACAGCAAAGUCUUUCAAGUCCGUACGCGCUAUCGAAGCUACAGACGAGGACCUCUCUCAAGUCUAUAAAAGAGGGACUGGUACCAGUGGUCAAGACCUUUCGCAGGUAUAUCGACGUGCCGAAGAUGAAGAUCUAUCUCAAGUGUACAAGCGUGCUGUAGCGCAAACUAAAUCAACUGAUGAGGAUUUAUCUCAAGUCUAUCGUCGUGCUAAGGAUGAGGAUCUUUCCCAAGUUUACAGACGUGAUACCGCAAAGACUGGUACAACUGAUCAGGAUCUUUCCCAGGUCUAUAAGAGAGCAGAGGAUGAGGACCUUUCCCAGGUUUACCGACGCGCUGAUGCAAGCACAGACGAGGAUCUUUCACAAGUUUAUCGCAGAGCUGAUGAUGAAGAUCUCUCUCAAGUAUACAAACGUGCUGAAGAUGAGGACCUUUCCCAAGUCUAUUAG